AUGACGGCUGUUGCGGUCCAACGCAGCGGAGCUCAUAGAUCGCAGCAAUAUAAUCAUCAAGCCACAUCGCACGCUUCUAAUGGUUCUUCCCACCAAUCUCGACCUCCGAGCUACACUUCAUCUCCUGCCGGACAAACCCCGCGACAAGAACCUGUCAUACAAAAUGGCACGCCAGCUAUGACGAAUCCGAGACCUGCCGUCAGUAAUGACCCGGUGCAGAAGGUGAAUGGGGAUGCCUCUUCAUCUUCGGAUCCAGAUCGCGCAUCUCCCACAGUAGUAAAUGGUGCCGCCACAUCAAACGGCGGAACAGUACGGAAUCGCAGAUCGGUUCAACAACCUCGCCCUACCUUGCCGCCCUCCGCUGAAUCUUCCCAAGACGAGUCGGAGAUUGAUAGGCCAAGGCGCAGACAGAAACCUCUGCUUCAGAGGUCGAAGAGUGACUAUGGCCCAAGAGGAGACGAGAGGGAGGCACAAGUCGAGGAGGAGAGACAUGAUUGGGGAGCACGACAUGGGUUUGAGGACCAUUAUGCUUCUGAGGAAUAUGUUUCGCAGCUAGCAAACAAUUGGUACAUGUAUUUCACAGACAAACGUCAUGAGACGACAGGUAACCCAAAACCGUUGACUGACGACCUUCAAGACUGGCGGAUGAAGGAUCGCCUGAAGACCGUCUCGGCUGCCCUGGCAAUAUGCCUGAAUAUUGGCGUUGAGCCUCCGGACCAGCUGAAGACUGUCCCUGGCGCAAAGUUGGAAGCCUGGCAGGACCCCACACAUCCUCCGGUACAGAAAGCCCUCGAGACUAUCGGCAAAUCUUUGCAGGCUCAAUACGAAACCCUUGCAAUUCGAACAAGAUACAAGCAAUAUUUGGAUCCGUCAGUAGAGGAAACAAAGAAAUUCUGCUUAUCGCUUCGCCGGAAUGCGAAGGAUGAGCGGGUUCUGUUCCACUACAAUGGUCAUGGAGUACCAAAACCGACUGCCUCUGGUGAGAUUUGGGUUUUUAACAAGAACUAUACACAAUACAUCCCGGUCUCUUUGUACGACCUUCAAGCAUGGUUGCAAGCACCGACUUUCUUUGUUUGGGAUUGUUCUGAUGCUGGCAAUAUCCUCAAUAACUUCCACCGAUUUGUUGAGAAGCAUGAACAAGAAGAGGCGGACGCAUUGGCAAAGGAUCCCAAUUACCAAGUUGUGAACUUCCGGCCUUACAUUCAUCUUGCAGCUUGCGGCGUCAAGGAAAACCUUCCAACCAAUCCUCUCCUCCCUGCAGAUGUAUUCACAUCAUGUCUCACGACACCAAUUGAGAUGGCUCUAUGGUUCUUCGUUCUACAGAAUCCCUUACCAUCACAGAUCACUCCUGAAAGGGCGAAGAAGCUACCGGGAAGAUUACAGGAGCGAAGAACACCACUCGGGGAACUCAAUUGGAUAUUCACUGCUAUCACUGAUACUAUAGCAUGGACGACUUUACCCAGACCCUUAUUUCGGAAAUUCUUCAGGCAGGACCUUAUGGUCGCUGCUUUAUUCCGAAAUUUCCUCCUGGCACAGAGGAUCAUGUCAGCUUAUGGUUGCCAUCCUCAAUCGUAUCCUGAGCUCCCUGACACCCAUCAGCAUCCUCUUUGGGAGAGUUGGGAUCUUGCUGUAGAGAUGGCGCUCGCUCAACUCCCCAUGUUGGAAGAAAAGGAGAGUGGAGUUCGUCCCGACUACGAAUUUCAGAAUUCGAGUUUCUUUACGGAACAGCUUACGGCAUUCGAGGUGUAUCUUACACAAGGUGCUGUCACCCACAAACCUCCAGACCAGCUCCCAGUUGUCCUCCAGGUUCUUCUCAGUCAACAGCACAGAGUGCGAGCCUUGAUACUUCUAGGGAAGUUCUUGGACAUGGGUCCUUGGGCAGUCAACUUAGCUUUGAGCAUUGGAAUCUUUCCAUAUGUGUUGAAGCUGUUGCAGUCAGCUGCAACUGAACUGAAGCCGGUUAUGGUUUUUAUCUGGACAAGAGUUAUGGCUGUUGACAUUUCCUGCCAACAAGAUUUACUCAAAGACAGUGGCUACAACUACUUUGCCCUAAUCUUGAAGCCGAAUGAGGGUCUUCCUGUCGUUGAUAGCCUGGAGCACAAGGCUAUGUGUGCAUUCAUUCUUGCCAUGCUUUGCAAAGGAUACAAGCAGGGUCAAACUAUUUGCAAUCAAACAGAUGUCAUGUCCUAUUGUUUGGUGCAUAUACACAACGCCGACAAUCCAUUAUUGCGACAAUGGGCGUGCCUGUGCAUCAGUCAGCUGUGGAGCGAUAUUCCAGAUGCCAAAUGGCGAGGCAUCAGAGAAAAUGCUCCUACUAAGCUAGCUUCCCUGGCUCGAGAUCCCUGCUGUGAGGUCCGGGCCGCGAUGCUGCAUGCCAUGAUGACGUUCAUAGGCAUCCCGGAUCUAACUGACGAGGUAGCACGAAUUGAGGAGACGAUAUCAUGGAAUGUAAUCGAGAUGGCCAAUGACGGGAAUGCCAUGGUUCGAAAGGAGCUCCUGGUUUAUUUUUCCAAGUUCAUAUGUCGUUAUGAGAACAAAUUUUGGGUCGCUGCUUAUGAGCAACUCCAGGAAGAGCGCGAAUAUCGUCAACACCCACCUAUGGAUGAUGGUAAUGACCACAAGAUGGGUCUGCACUAUGCUAGAAUGGAGAACCGCAACCUAGAUGGAACGAUCAAAGCCACGGCUCACGGCAUCGCGCACAAUUCGAUAUUUGCGGCAGUGUGGAAGCACGUUCUUAUUAUGGCCGUCGACCCUCAUCCUGAGGUUCAACGCAAUGCCACCAUUAUAGUAGAUUAUGUCCAUUUGGCGAUGCUUAAGUCACCCAUCGGAGGACCUGCACAAGUCAUCAUAGACGAUAUUAAUCGCCGGUUAGCAAAAUCAGCUGCUUCAAAUCAACCCUCAGAAACGCGACCUAGCACACCAGCACAGCAAGAUUCGACGCCUGCUCCGACAAUGCAACCAGGCCUCCUCAAGAGAACUGCAAGCUACUUGUUUACCUUGCCAUUCGGUGGAACUUCAAGUGCUGAAAGUUCGCCCCCUGGUUCAAUUGGAAGAAAUGCUCCUGCUUCUCCUACUGGCCCGCGGAAUCCCUUACCUCUCCGAUCGCGACUCCCGGCAGAUUUUAAUGCCCCCCCAGACCAGAAUGAUACUACAUCAACCUCUGGGACAUAUCACGCAGCAGCGGAGCCAGUGUCGGGAGGAUUUGUGCCUAGAAACCUAUCCGUCUCUCCAACGCUGCCUUUAGAGAGCACCUUCUUGGACUGGUCGAUCGAAUAUUUCCGAGAGCCUCAAAUGAAGCCCAAUGAAGCCGAAGAGCCUGGCAGCACUGAUUAUAAUGAACGUUUAUGGAGACGAUCUAGGAACGAGGCUAUCUUGAGGGACACUCAGCCCCAGAAGGAGAUUGCAGGAAGCGGCCGGUGGAACCACGCUGCAGGCUUUUUCAAUAAUCAAAGUCAGCCCUCGAAGAUGACUCUUCAUCAAUUCGAGGACCAUCUUGCUGUCUCAGAUGACCGAGAUACGAUUUGUAUCUGGGACUGGAAGAAACAAGAUCGACUAAAUAGAUUCUCGAACGGCAAUCCCGUAGGCUCCAAAAUCAGCGACCUCCAAUUUAUCAAUGAGGAUGAUCAAGCCUUCCUGCUGACCGGGUCUUCAGACGGUGUGAUCAGAAUUUACCGGAAUUACGAUUCCGAGAAGAAGAUAGAAGUGGCAUCAGCAUGGCGGGCUCUCACCCAUCUUGUCCCAAGUAAUGUUAAUUCAGGAAUGGUCUUUGACUGGCAGCAAGUAACCGGAAAGCUGCUUGUAGCUGGCGACGUGAAAGUAAUCCGCGUCUGGUCUGCGGACUCGGAGCUCUGCAACGUCGACAUCAACGCCCGCUCCGGCUCGUGCGUCACCUCUCUCACUUCCGACCAGAUGACGGGCAACGUCUUUGUGGCUGGCUUCGGCGACGGCGCUAUCCGCGUCUUUGACGCACGAGCUAGGCCGCAGGAAGCCAUGGUCAAGAAAUGGAAGGACGAGAAUGACCGAGUUUGGAUUAAAAGCGUGCACAUGCAGAGGGGUGGGCAGAGAGAGUUAAUGAGCGCGAGUAGGAAUGGCAAGGUCAAGUUGUGGGAUAUCAGGAUGGAUGCUCCCUUGCGAGUUUUCAAGACCACGGAUCAUACGCUUAGGACGGCGAGUACGCACGAGCAUCUUCCCGUCUUUGCUGUGUAA